AUAAUAAUAAUUUCUGACGCAUGAUUCUAAUUCUUCGUUUUCUCUCAAAAGAGUUCAUAAAACUUAUCCGCAAUGAAUUUAAAGAAGAAAGGAUCAGGAAAACGAUGCAAUGGAUAAAUGCCGGACAGAUUCUGUUUGCAUUUUUCUAAAAAACAAGUUGCCAUGUUGCUCUACAUUUUCUUUUUAUUAAAUUCAGAAAUAUUCUUGACCUAGCUUGUUGCAAUCUUAAAGAAGGGGGAAGGAAAAAACCAAGUACUAUAAGCUCCAAACUUUGUCUGUCUUUGGUCAUGUCCUGGCUUUUUGAGUUUGGACAUAUUCCACUUUGCUGAAAGCAAAUUUAUCAGUUUUGGGUUAGCUGAGAAAAACCUGUCAAAACAAGGGUGGAUUUUGUUGUUAAUAGGUUUUCCAGAAAUAGCAAGUUGAAUUCCAGUCAUAUUUUUGUUAUGUCAAAUGGCUAAUGUUGUUAAAAACCAGGUUGGGGUGCCAGAAAACUUAAGGAAGCAGCUUGCUGUGGCUGUUAGGAGUAUACAAUGGAGCUAUGCAAUCUUUUGGUCUUUAUCAGCUACACAACAAGGGGAAAUCCAAUGGGGAGAUGGUUACUACAAUGGAGACAUCAAGACUAGGAAGACUGUUCAAGCAUUGGAGCUUAAAGCAGAUAAAAUAGGGCUACAAAGGAGUGAACAACUGAGAGAGCUUUAUGAAUCUUUGCUGGAAGGUGAAACUGAUCAAAAUAAGAGACCUUCUGCUGCAUUAUCUCCAGAGGAUUUGUCUGAUACAGAGUGGUAUUACUUGGUUUGCAUGUCUUUUGUAUUCACUCCUGGACAAGGUUUGCCAGGAAAAGCAUUUGCAAAUGGUGAAACCAUAUGGUUAUGUAAUGCUCAAUAUGCAGAUAGUAAAAUUUUCUCCCGCUCUUUGCUUGCUAAGAGUGCAUCUAUUCAGACUGUGGUAUGUUUUCCCUACCUAGGAGGUGUUAUUGAGCUCGGUGUAACUGAACUAGUUCCGGAGGAUCCAAAUCUGCUCCAGCAUAUUAAAGCUUCCUUGCUGGACUUCUCAAAGCCUGUUUGCUCUGAGAAAUCUACCCCUGCCCCUCAUAAUGCAGAUGAUGACAAAGAUCCUAUAUGUGCCAAGGUUGACCAUGAGAUAGUGGAUUUGUUGGACUUGGAGAACCUCUAUUCCCCUGCUAAAGAAAUCAAAUUCGAUCACGAGAGAUUCAACGAGUUACAUGAAAGUAUCAAGGAAGAUUUCAAUAUCAGCUCCCCUGAUGAGUGUUCAAAUGGCUUCGAACAAAAUCAUCAGAUGGAUGACUCAUUCAUGCUUGAAGAUGUGAAUGGUGUUGCUUCUCAAGUUCAAAGUUGGCAUUUCAUGGAUGAGGACUUCAGCAUUCAAGAAAAAGCAGCAAUCUCUUCUCCCAAGCGGGGAAGUGUAAGCCAUUCUCAUCUUAAAGAAUUCCAACAAGGAAAUCACACAAUACUGAGCUCCUUGGAUCUUGAAGUUGAUGAUGACUUGCACUACAAAAGAACUGUUUCUGCUAUUCUAAGUACUUCAAACUGGUUGAUCGAAAGCCCCAGUUUCACUACCUGUGGCUAUAAAUCUAGUUUUAUCGGUUGGAAGAAAGAAGGAAUGGAAAAUUUUCAUAGACCAAGGCUACAUCAAAACAUAUUCAAAAAGAUUCUAUUUGCAGUGCCUCUAAUGCAUGGAGGCAAAUGUAGCCUUGGGAAAUUGGAAAACAAUAUUGAUGCCACAGGACACGUUUUACCUGAGAAAAGAAGGGAGGAAGAGAAAUUCCGGGUCCUCAGAUCAAUUGUUCCUUUUAUCGAUGAGAUUGACAAAGAAUCAAUUCUCAAGGACACAAUUAAGUACUUGAAAGAGCUAGAAGCAAGGAUAGAAGAGUUGGAAUCUUGCAAGAAUUCAAUUGAGUUUGAGGCAAGGCCUAGAAGGAAUUGCCUGGAUGUGGUGGAGCAGACUUCAGAUAAUUACGAAAAUAGAAAAGUUGACAGUGUCAAGAAGCCUUGGAUAAACAAGAGGAAGGCCUGUGACAUCGAUGAAGGCCUCCAUGAAUCUGGUUCGGAAUUAAAUAGGACUAUUCCGAAAGAUGGCCUUGCACCAGCCGUGAAAGUAAGCAUAAAAGAACUGGAAGUUAUAAUUGAAAUAAAAUGUCCUUGCAGGGAAUUCUUGCUGCUGGAUAUCAUGGAGGCUAUAAACAACUUACAUUUGGAUGCCCGCACGAUCCAAUCGUGCACUCUUGAUGGUCUUGUCACAUUAACCCUGAAAUCUAAGUUUCGUGGAGCAGCCAUUGCACCUGCAGGGAUGAUCAAACAAGCACUAGAAAAAGUUGCAGCUAAGUGAUGAUGAGAACCAGAUCAUAAACUAAUCAUCAACCGGUAUUGAAGUUGUUGGGUUUCUAGGUUCAGUAUGCUCAUCUCUUGUUUUUGGGUUACUUGGUAACCAAGCAAAUGCACUGUUAAAAGGAAGAAAAAGAAACUUAGUUUUUUCUCUUAACAAGCAUUUGUUGUCAGCCAUUGUAGCCUUCCCUUUAGCUACCUGUACCUGUUUCUUGUAAGGCUUUAGGUUGAACCUCAGUUAUGAAAUUACUUUAUUUUAUGAUCA